AUGGAGCCUCCCCCCUCUUUGAGCCUGGCUCUGCUAGGAGGGAGCGAGGACGAGGACCAACGUUUCCUCCUUCCCCUGGGCAGUAUAUCCCAUCCCUCCACCACUGGCAACCAGCCAGGAUCAAACCACUCCAACCACAUGGGAGGCUCGAGCCUCGACCGUCUAAAUGGCAGCACCCCGUCCCCAUCCCCUGCCACGCCCAGCUUGCCUCCAACAUCGCUCCCCAAGUUGCCCCUGUCCUCCUCUGGAGCACAGCCCCUGCCCCCACCCAUCCCCAACGCCUUGCACCCCACUAGCACCCCGCUCUCCUCAUGCCUGGGCUCCCAGCACAGCCUGAGUGGAGACAACUCCCCGGUCUACAACGCCCUCUUUUACUCUUCCCACUCACCCUCCAUGGACCGGGACAGGGACAGAGAGCGUGAAAGGGACAGGGACAGAGAGAGGGGCUGCAAACACAGGCAGGCCAGCCCCCUGGUUCACCGUCGGGACAGUAACCCUUUCACGGAGAUCGCCAUGAGCUCUUGUAAGUACACGGGCGGGGUCAUGAAGCCCCUGAGCCGUCUCAGCGCCUCCCGAAGAAACCUCAUAGAAUCAGACAGCAGCAGCGAAACCAAAGAGUUUGGUGUUUCAGCUGUUGCUGGGGCUACGGCCGCUGGGGGGCAUGACCGGCAGCGAGAACCCCCUCCUAGCUACUUGUUGGCCCAGUCCUCCACCAAUCAACCCCCAAUUCAGAGCCCUCCAGAGAUUGUGAUUUCAUCCAAAGAAGACUCGCCAUACCCCAGAGGAAAGUAUGACAUCACCGACUCCACAUCCAACCAGAUGUCCAUCUACCACCAGAACCACGCACUGGUGGAGAGCAGGCGGGCGCAGUCAGGGAGGGGCAGCAGUCAAGGAGGGUCUGGGUCAGUGGGCACUGGGGCCAGGGGCAGCACAUCCAAGGCUUCCAAACGGAAGAACCAAAACAUUGGCUAUAAACUGGGGCAUCGCAGGGCACUGUUCGAGAAGAGGAAGAGGCUGAGUGACUAUGCCCUCAUCUUCGGAAUGUUUGGCAUCGUCGUCAUGGUGAUUGAGACGGAGCUGUCGUGGGGCGUGUACACUAAGAGCUCCAUGUAUUCUCUGGCCCUGAAGUGUCUGAUCAGCCUGUCCACAGUCAUACUGCUGGGCCUCAUCAUAGCUUACCAUGCCCGGGAGGUUCAGCUGUUUGUCAUCGACAACGGAGCGGACGACUGGCGCAUCGCCAUGACGAUGGAGAGGGUUCUCCUGAUUGCUCUGGAGCUGCUUGUGUCUGCGGUGCAUCCUGUGCCCGGGGACUUUAAGUUUCAGUGGCGGGCACGACUGGCCUUCUCCUAUGCGCCAUCACAGGCUGAGGCUGACCUAGACAUGGUGCUGAGCGUGCCCAUGUUCCUGCGCCUCUACCUCAUCGCCAGAGUCAUGCUUCUCCACAGCAAACUCUUCACAGACGCCUCCUCUAGGAGUAUAGGUGCCCUAAAUAAGGUGCAUUUUAACACACGAUUUGUAAUGAAAACCCUCAUGACUAUCUGCCCCGGGACGGUGUUGCUGGUCUUCAGCAUCUCUCUGUGGAUCAUUGCUGCCUGGACUGUACGAGUUUGCGAGAGGUAUCAUGAUGCCCAGGAUGUGACCAGUAACUUCCUGGGAGCCAUGUGGCUUAUCUCCAUCACUUUCUUGUCUAUUGGCUAUGGAGACAUGGUUCCUCAUACCUACUGUGGCAAAGGAGUCUGUCUGCUCACUGGAAUCAUGGGUGCAGGCUGUACGGCUCUGGUGGUUGCCGUGGUAGCCAGGAAGCUGGAGCUGACCAAGGCCGAGAAACAUGUACACAACUUCAUGAUGGACACACAACUCACCAAGAGGAUAAAGAAUGCAGCAGCUAAUGUGCUGAGAGAGACCUGGCUCAUCUACAAACACACCAAGCUCAUGAAGAAGAUCGACCACUCCAGAGUCCGCAAACACCAGCGGAAGUUCCUGCAGGCGAUACAUCAAUUACGCAGUGUGAAAAUGGAGCAGAGGAAACUCAGUGAUCAAGCCAACACACUAGUGGACCUCUCAAAGAUGCAGAGUGUCAUGUAUGAGCUCAUGUCGGAGCUCAACGACCGCAGCGAGGACUUGGAGCGCCAGAUGCUGUCCCUGGAGCAGCGGGUGGAGCAGCUCACUGCCGGCUUCAACGCCCUGCCUGCCCACCUCUCUGCUACGCUCAGCGCCCAGCACGCCGCCCUUGUCCACCUGCUCCGGGAGAGAGAUGUGAGGGAUGGCAGAGGAGGGGGUGGAGGUGGAGGAGGAGGUGCUGUGGUCCCACUGUCCCCAGCAGCUUCAUUAACUCCAACUGCAGUGUCUCCAGUCCAGGUCGCAGCUCCAGCACCACCCCCAGCCCAACUCCCUACUUUGGCCUUGGAGUCCCCUCUGUCGCCCCCACCUGUAAGCACAGAGGGGAGCCUGGAAGCAAGUCCCAACCCCAACAUCUGCACCUCUAGCUGCUGA